AUGGCUUCUCAAUUCAUCAACUGGAUCAAGUCGCCCGCUGGCAGACAAUACUUCUUCUCGACGCACUUCUGGGGUCCGGUUGCCAACUGGGGUCUUCCUCUCGCAGCCAUUGCCGAUCUGUCCAAGGAUGAGGAGAUGAUCUCUGGCACCAUGAGCGGCGCUCUCUGCGCCUACUCGUCCGUCUUUAUGCGAUUCGCAUGGCGCGUCCAGCCCCGAAACUACCUCCUCUUCGCUUGCCACGCCACAAACGCUACCGCACAAGCUGUCCAGCUCUUCAGAUUCGCAAACUACCACCAUCUCGGCGGAAAGGAAAAGCGCCAGAGCCUCCCAUCCCCCCAGCUCGCUUCCGCAUAA